GUGCCUGUUCGAUAAUUUCUUACAUGCUGAAUUUAUUGCCACAGUCUAGUUUGCAUAGUUAAAAUAAAUAAUAAAUAAUUAAUUAAAUGACGAACGAAACCGCAAACGUUGCUGAGCGACUCAAGGUGGGUCCGCGGGACAAUGUUACCUAUCCCAUAGCCAUGAAAUAUUGCGGUCACUGCACAAUGCCAAUAGAGUAUUGUGAAUACUAUCCGGAGUACGAGAAGUGCAAGGAGUGGCUGGAGCGCAAUCUGCCCGAUGAUUUCGAGCGAUUGAAAAUCGAGGAGGAGCAGGCAGCCGCCGAUGGCACAGACGACGACAAGAAGCGCCAGAAGCGCGGCGGCAAAGGAUUGCUCCGUGUCAAAAAGAAGGAAGAUGUCCCAAAGCGCAUCUGUGUCUCACGUGCUGCCCGCGGCAAAAAGAAGUCCGUUACGGUCGUCACUGGACUGAGUACCUUUGAUAUUGAUCUCAAAGUGGCUGCCAAAUUUUUUGGCACAAAGUUCGCUUGCGGCUCCUCAGUCACUGGUGACGAUGAGAUUGUUAUUCAGGGCGACGUUAAGGAUGAGCUCUUCGAUGUCAUUCCCGACAAGUGGGCAGAAAUCGAUGAGGAUGUAAUCGCGGAUCUAGGCGAUCUGAAGCGCUAAUCAAAAAAGUCAAAUCCUUCGCUGCUUACUUACUGAAAUUGUGCUUAUUUUAUACGAAAAUCACAUGCACUAAUUUAAAAUAAUAUAAUAAAAUAAAAAAAAUCA